AUGGCUGGUUCAAUAUUUCACUUACUGGAAGUAAUCUACGCUAAGAACGUAGCAUGCGAGGUUCAAAAAAUACGCAAUGAACGCUGCUGUGGCUGUAAAGUAUACGAACAGGAUUGCCUAAUGAUGGAUGAACACGAAACCUGGGGAAUGCACGGGUUCAACGCUAUAGAACAAGCUAACAACACGUCCUCCACAUGGAACGAAUUCAUGGCCGCUAUCAAAAUUCUAAACGUAGAAAAUCAUAAAGACUUCACACAGCUCCUGAUGUGCUUGCAAGAAGAACCGGAUCAAAACUUUGUCUACACUUUACUACAAGUAUAUCAAGACAAUCAACCAUUAAUACGUAUUCUAAAUGAUUUAUGGAAUCCACAAACUGACCCCCUGGAAUCCUAUGCUCAAUGUCAUUUCAGCUCACCGCCAAGAUACACCUAUUAUGUCAAAGGGACAAAGGAAACGUUCAAAUCCCUCAAAACGGAUCAUAACAAAGCGUAUCAGAAACAUUUAGAAAAUAAACUAAGAGAACAACUCAAUAAAUUGUAA